AGCCGUGCAGGAUUUUUUUUUUUUUUUUUUUUUUUUUUAGGGGGUCCUGAGGGGUCCGAACUUGCUGCUCCUUGACCAGAUCUCUCCUUGACCAUGUCGGUGGCGAACUUGCUGCUCGUCAUUGCGAUCUGCACACAUCAAAAAUGGGCGCGACCACCAAAUCAGCCAUAGUCCCCAUUACAUCCCCAAUUCACCCACACUAGACUCUGUGUCCUCCCCCCUCCUGCCGUAGACUCCUCCACAACCAUCGCCCCCUUUCGACACGACUGACCAAAUAGGAUGAACAAAAAAAAUAAAAUAAAAAAAUUGCCCGCAAUCGCUGUCUUCGGAAGUCUCCCUUCAAAUCAAGUGGACGAUUAUAAAAAUAAUUAAUAAUAUAACAGAAACGAAGAAAAAAAGACAAAAGGGGGUAUGUUGUCUGCCUUGAAAUCAAGUGGAGGAGAAAUGUACGGCAGAUGCAGGAGAUAUGGAGGAGAUGGAGAGAUGGAAGAGAAAGGUGGUGAAUCAAGGAGAAAUGAAGGUGGAGGGGAUAUGAGAGGGAGAUGGGGAUAUGGAGGAGAGAUGGAGGGGAGAGGGCGAGAUAUGGAGGUGGAGGAGAGAUGGAGGAGAGAUGGAGGAGAGAUGGAGGAAAGAUGGAGGAAAGAUGGAGGAAAGAUGGACAGGUGGAGGACAAAGGUGGAGGCAUGGAGGAGAGGUGAAGGUGGAGGGUAUAUGGAGGACAGAUGGAGGAGAGAUGGAGGACAGAUGGAGGAAAGAUGGACAGGUGGACAAACGNAUGGAGGAAAGAUGGACAGGUGGACAAACGUGAAGGCAUGGAGGAGAGGUGAAGGUGGAGGGUAUAUGGAGGACAGAUGGAGGAGAGAUGGAGGAAAGAUGGACAGGUGGAGGACGAAGGUGGAGGCAUGGAGGAGAGAUGAAUGUGGGCAUAUGGCGGGGAGACUGGGAUAUGGCAAGCACCGAUGGAUCCGGUGUCCCAUGGGAAUUUGUAACGCCCCCACAACAUUCCAGCGGGCCAUGAAUAUGGCCUUCGCUGAGUUCGUUAACAAAACCCGUUUGACACAGCCGUUGAUAAAUUUCUGUGUGAUUGUGUACAUGGAUGACAUUUUGGUCUUUUCCAAAACCUACGAGUACCAUGUGGAACAUGUCGAAUGGGUGUUGCAUGCGUUGAAAGAUGCGGGGUUCAAAGUGGCUCUGGAGAAAAGCGAGUUCUUUUUGUCCAAAAUUUCCUUUUUGGGCUACAUCGUCACGGUCGAGGGACUGAAACCGGAUCACAGGAAGGUAGCAGCGGUUCGCGAAGCCCCGGCCCCGGUCACGCUCACUCAGGUUCGAGCCUUCUUAGGGCUGGCCUCUUAUUAUCGACGCUUCAUUCGGAGCUUUGCCUGCCUCGCCAAGCCGCUGACGAACCUGCUGAAGAAGGAGCAGCAGCUGAUCUGGACACCGGAAUGCGAGGCGACUUUUCGGGCACUCAAGGAGGCUCUGACAUCAGCACCCGUGUUGGCGCGUCCCGAUCCGACACGACAGUUUGCGCUGCAUACCGACUGGCAGCCGCAGGCGAUAUCGGCGGUGCUGACUCGGCAAGGAACGGAUGGAAGGGAGCACGUCAUCGAGUAUGCGUCGAAAACGCUAAGUCAGGCGCAGUCGAACUACGAUGCGUGCAAGGGUGAGUGCUUGGAGGUGGUGUGGGGGGUUCAGCACUUUCGACCGUAUCUGUACGACCAGAAGUUCGUGAUCGUGACGGAUCACCAGCCAUUGCUAUCGUUGCGGAACAACACGGACUACACGGGUACUUUGGGAAGGUGGGCGGUGAGAUUGCAGGACUACGACUUCGACAUCCGCCACCGCGCCACCAGGGGUCUGACGCGCCUCCAGCCACCGACCAAGAGUCCCGCGAACGAGAAGCUCAUCCCGUGGAAGCCGAUUUUGCCUUCGACGGAACCCGGCUACGGGGAGGUGAAUGUCCUCCGCAAGGGGGUGUACGUGGACGUGACGCAGUUGCCUGGGCAGGAGACGACUCGAGUGUUCAUCGAGUUCUGCGCGCUCCAGGUGGCACCCAACUUCGUGCAUAGCGUCGCCACCUUUAUCGGAGACUUGACGAUCCUGCCACCGCCGAGGAGCUGGUGCGGAGUUUUGUGCGCGAGUACGCAGUGCAGGCGGCCAGAUCAGUGGCCAGAGUGCAAGGACGGGAGGGGACACCGAUUCACAGCCCACGAAGCGCUGCUGCGCAGGGCAGAGGACGGACCAAUCGCGUUGACGAUCGAUCCGGGAUUGUUGGAGCUCAUACAUCUUGAGCUCAUAUCCAUUGCGCAAGUGAUCGCGAGCGAGGAAGAGGAGAUCCAGCCACGAUUGCGGACGGCGGCUGCCCUGUGGAGAACGUACUACGCGGUCGUCAUCCCGGAUUACAUUGCGCAGCGCGCGGAGAGGUUGGAGGACUUCCCGGAGGAAAAGUUGUUGCGACCUCCCUCGUCGUAUCCCAGACUGGCGCCGCCAAAGGCCCCCAAGAAGACGCCGAAGAGGAAGAGACGCCACCCGUCGCCAGGAGCGCAAGGCAGCAUAAUCGGUGGCGGCGAGGAGGUGGUUCAGCCCGUGCGCACGCGGAAUCUUGACCCAGUGCCUGGGAGUGCGGCGACGCGGGUUAAGGAGACCGUCGUGCCAUCACCGCCCUUCCCGCGCGUGCCCGAUCUCAAUCUCGAUGGAGCCGGGCCAUCAGCCGCAACAGCCGGAGGAGGGAGCCGAAUGGGAUUACCGGAUCCCCUCAAUGCUUUCCGAGACGCCCCAGUUGUGCAUGUGGCGGCAGCUCAGCAUUCAUCAUUUGCCAUCACAAACUCAGGGUUGGUGUACGCAUGGGGAUUCAAUGGAAAUUACGAGCUUGGGCUCGCAGAGGGAGUUGACCGCAACUCUCCUCAGUUAGUCAAGGCCUUGAGUGGGAUAAAUGUGACGUGCAUUGUCGGUGGAGCACAUCAUGCACUGGCGCUAACCGGGUCUGGACAGGUUUAUGCUUGGGGCAACAAUCACUACGGUCAGCUUGGCGUCAAUCACAGGGAACCAGUUCGUGAGGUGAAACUGGUGACAGCACUUCCACCAAUCCUGGUCCCUCCAGAGCCCACCAAAGAUCGACCUCACCCAGUGGGAAGAAGCAUUGCAACAGGUGCAUGGCAUUCAGCAGCUGUGUCAGCUGAUGGAGUGCUUUACACAUGGGGCCGUGGCGACUAUGGGCAACUUGGUCAUGGUGAUCUGGUGGGCGAUCUGGCGCUUGUUGGAACCUACCUGCUUACUCCAAGACCUGUGGCCGGUCUAAGUGACUGUACAGUCACAGGAGUCGCUGCUGCAGCUUCACACACUCUUGCGACCGCUAUCAUGAGCCCCACAUGGGGCGAAUUAUAGUCCUUGCCGAAAUGCAUGAUGAUGAUGAUGAUGAUGAUGAUGAUGAUGAUGGUCAUAGUGGUGGUGGUGGUGGUGGUGAUAGAGAUGAUAAUAAUGGUGGUUGACCAUGAUAUUGGAUAAGACUCGUUGAGAGGAUGGAUCGAGGAAAGGUGCUGCUAUUCUACAAACCUGAGUGCUGGUGCACAUAAGCAGGAAUUGCCCUGUCAAUUCCAGAGGCGUUUUCAUGUCUGUACCUGACUGGAAAUUGCCCCGGAUUGGGCCAGAUAUCAAUAUUAAGUGCAUGUGACUCAGUAUUCUUAUCAGGAGAGAUCACCACACUGAUUGAUGACAAAAGGAUGCAAGAUCUGUGGCAAAUUGCACCAGAGCAUCAAGGGAAACAACAAACCAGCAUGCUUUGA